UCAUCCUCCAACUAAUCCUGGUGCACUUUCUUUGUGUCCUAUUUAUAAAGGUGUAACAACAUCUUUUACUACCAACACACAUAUCACAUAGGCUGAAACAACCACCACCAAAAGAAAAAUGACCAUCCAUCAUAGUACUGUUUCGACGGCCAAUGGUAGCCGGGUCCUCAUCGCCGGACCACUUGGUUUCAUCGGCCGCUUCAUCACCGGAGCCAGCCUUGCUUCCGGUCGACCCACUUUCCUUCUCGUGCGUUCAAGUUCCGGCUGCCCUUCUAAAUCCAAAGCCGUCAAAUAUUUUCAAGACAGGGCCGCCAUCAUAUUAUUUGGGAUGAUCAAUGACAAGGAAUUCGUGGAAAAGACUCUGAAGGAGAACAAGAUCGAUGUAGUUAUAUCUGCCGUUGGUGGUAAAGAAAUAUUGGAUCAGCUUCCUCUUGUGGAAGCAAUCAAUGCUGUCGGCACUGUUAAGAGAUUUUUGCCAUCGGAGUUCGGGCAUGAUGUGGACCGGGCUGAUCCGGUGGAGCCAGGGCUAACCAUGUACAAUCACAAGAGACUCGUCAGGCGCCUGAUCGAGAAGUACGAUGUCCCUUACACCUACAUCUGUUGCAACUCCAUUGCUUCUUGGCCCUACCACAACAACAAGCACCCUUCCGAGGUCAUUCCACCGUUGGAUCAGUUCGAAAUCUACGGUGAUGGGAGCGUCAAAGCUUACUUUAUUGCUGGGACUGAUAUUGGAAAAUUCACAAUGAAAACUGUGGAUGACAUUCGAACUCUCAACAAAUCAGUCCAUUUCCGACCAAGUUGCAAUUUCUAUAACAUGAACGAGCUUGCUUCUUUGUGGGAAAGAAAAAUUGGUCGCACCCUCCCUCGAGUCACCGUCACUGAAGAAAACCUAAUAGCCGCAGCUGCAGAGAAUCGCAUACCACAGAGUGUGGUGGCGUCAUUCACGCACGACAUCUUCAUUAGGGGCUGUCAAUCUAACUUUUCCGUCGAUGGUUCUGCCGAUCUUGAAGUAUGCAAGCUGUAUCCAGACGAACCAUUUCGUACGUUGGACGAAUGUUUCGAAGACUUCCUUGUCAAAGCAAAGCUGGAAGGUCCGUCGGGGACGCGGAACAAUGAAAAUACCAACACAAAUCCAGUGGGGGAUUCGCUGCCUGUCAGCAACUUGGGCUUGACAUGGAUUUGUUGUAAUGUCUCUGCAUUUUAUUCAAUUAGCGAUGUUUAGAUCCCUGCUUGACAUGGAUUUGUUGUAAUGCCUCUGCAUUUUAUUCAACCAGCGAUGUUUAGAGUACGUUUGGUU